AUGGUUUCGCGCGUGCAGUCCAAGCUUCUUACUAAAAAUUCAAGGAAAAAGCAUAAUAGUAACUCCAUUAGUAGCAGCUCCAAGGCUCGCUUUUCCGAUGACGGCAUGCCUACCAAGACGCUGAUACCAUCUGAGCUGGAUGAGGAGAUUGACGACGAUUUAGCAUUCGACAGCGAUGAUGAGAGACUAUAUGGCCAUUUUUUUCAACACCAAGAGAAGGGGAAUCGGUUAAAGAGUAAAAAAAAUGUGGGAAAAAAGGGCAAGUCAUCUAAGGGAAUCGAUCAUUUAGAUGAUGAUGAGGAUAACUUUAUGGAAGAACAGUUUGGUGCGCUUGAGAGAGCGGAGGGCAGGACGAAGAAAUCGAAAGGUGGAUCCCGUGUUACAGAUGAGGAAGACCUCUAUAACUACCAUGAAGACGGUCAAAGUAGCGAUGGGAGUGACUACAUGGACCUUAGUGAUAUGCUGGAUGCAAACCUCUCAGAAAUGAAGGAAGAAGUUGGAAAAAAAAAGAAGUCUUCAAAGAAAAAGACCAAGACGAUUGCAGAGGAUGGAGAGCGGCAGAUUGUGAAAAAGCAGCGCGUGUCAAAACUAACGGAAGAGAAGGAAGCAUUUUUCGGAUCUGCUAUCGCUGCGGAAGAUGGUGUUGCGCAAUCCUACAGUGCUGCUAUUCAGCAAUUCAUCAAUAGUGAAGGCAGCAGCAAAGAGGAGGAGAUCGCACGGAAUCGUCUUGAAGAGGCUUUCAGGAAUAAGCACAAUUUGCUCGCAGUUGAUCUGGAAGAUUCUGAGAAGGAACGCUUUGUUCGGAAGGAAGUUCGUUCUAUUGUUGAUGAAAAUUUGUCAAAGUAUAAGCCACUGCUGCAAGAGCUUAAUAAGAGUAAGCACCUUCAACUUCCCAUGAGAGCACCCGAAAGCAACCCUACACCCUCCUCUCUUGGUGGCAUUGUGGCCGCCUCAGAGGUGUUGUUCAGCGAGAGGGCCCCUGAGGCGUCCAACCCAGCUCAGAAACUAACUUCUAGAAUGAACGAGAUCCUAUCGCGUGCGGGCAUUUCUCGUCGUCAACUUGAAGAAGUGCAUUCUCACGUCUCUACAAGUGACUCUAUCGGCAAUUACGUUUCGUUUAGCAACAGUGGUGAUAACGAAAUCGAAGGUGAAGAUAGUGUAUCACCGGGCGAGUCGUCUUCCAACGCGAAACCACCAUCCGUAGGAUACAUGGCAAAGUUGAAGGCUAUGCUGGCAUACGAGAAUACUCGCCGAAAGAGGUUCAACAGGAUCAAAAGCAAAGCCUACCGUCGCAUUUUGCGAAAGGAGAAGGAUCGCGAAAAGGAACGUCGUCAAAAGGCCUUUGAACUGCUUCACCCGGAGCAAGCACGUAAGAAACUUGCUGAGGUGCUCGCACGUUCGCGUGCAGAAGAGCGUGUCACGCAGAAGCACAAGAAUACGAGUGCGUGGGUUAAGCAUGCUAAGCGGUUUGCUCAUAUUGAUGUCAACGUGAAGGAUGCGUUAAGUGAGCAGAAUAUGCUGCGGCAGAAGCUGAUGCAGAAGAUGGAUGAGGAGGUGGGCAAAGACAACUACGAUCGGUACGUUGCUGGUGCUGAUGGAGACGAUGGGGAGAUGUCCAGUGAAGAGGAACGAGUUGUCGACGAGCUGUUCGCUCAGAUGACUGCAGAUUCACAAUAUUCUACACGAAAGACGGAACCUUUGACGAGCAUCUUGUGGAAAAAUGUGGAGGAUGACGGCGAUGAAGAAGUUCAUAGUCCAAUCACGAGGGCUCGUGCUGAGUUACGCGAAAUGAAGUUCAUGAAGAAUGCUCGGGAGCGUGAGGAGAAGGCGUAUGCUGCAGAAUUAGCCGCAUUACAGGAGGAUAUACAACAGUACCAAAGCACCACUAAUGGUAAAGACGACACUUCUGAUGAGGGUGAUGAUAAAGUUAAUAAACGAAUACGCUCCGCACCAAAUCAUGCUAGUGACAAUAAGGUGACUGGGCCCACCAGCUUAGCGGGUGCCAGCCAAACGUUUCCCGAUUCGUCUAAUUCAAAGCAUCGCGUAGAAGUAAUCAACUUGAGGAAACAACCGGGGCUGCAGGCGACUGAAGUAGAAUCCGAGGCGCAACCGUUGUCCGAUGUCUCCCUCAGCGAAACAAAAGAAUCGAAAAUGAUAGGGAACAACCUCCAUUCAUCUCAUAAGGAAGGGGUGGUGGCAGCAGAGGAUGGGUUUGCCGGGGAGAGAAAGAAAAUGCCGCGGCCCACUCGCAUCACGAUAAAGCCGGAGCCACUGAAGAAACGCGUACGCCCUGUACAAGAAGAUGCCACGCAUCUGGAGGGAGGCGAGCCAGUCACCGCAGACUCUGAUGCUGCUGAGGAACUUCCGUCCGUGCCCAAGGAAGACCUUCGCUUGCAUCAGGAGUAUCUCGUCUCUCGAGCGUUUGCACAUGAUGAAAUAGACGAAGACUUCCUCAAGGAAAAGACUGCCCAAGUCGAGACAAUCAUGAAGCCCGAAGAUGUGAAUGAAAAUUUGCCUGGUUGGGGUGAAUGGGGUGGCACGGACCCUAAGCUGAACAAACGUCACCAAGAGAAGCUCGAGCAUAGUAUGGUUCAAAGGCAAAUUGAAAAAUCAUUUUUGAUGAAGAGCAGAGCUGAUGCCGCAUUGGACCACGUCAUAAUUAACCAUGACGGGGUUGAGCUCGUGCCGGAUCGCAUGACGCUUCACAUGGUCCCACGUCCCUUUUCCAAUGCACAAGAAUUUGCCCGCUUCAUGCGUCAGCCUUUAGGUCCAGAGUGGAGUUCCGCGCUGUCAUUCAAAGAAGGUGUGCAGCCACGCAUUGAGGUACGCCAAGGGCAGAGUGUUCUCCCGUUAGAUUUGAGUUUGAGACGUAAAGCAAAUAAAACAAAACGAAGGAAAAUUGAGAAAAAGGAGAAUAAAAGCAACGAUUAA